AUGACCGGCUUCCUAUCAGACCUGGUACAGUACCAGGGGCUCUUUCAAAUGAUCGCUGUCCUGGGGAUCGGUGGAACGUUCCAAAAUGGCUUUCAGGUUUCUACAAUCACCUACAUGUCUCGGCAUGUUAAGGCUUUCAUUAAUGAAACGUGGCUGGAGCGAUACGGCUACCCCAUCCACCAGGAUAACCUCCUGUUUCUGUGGUCCAUCACUGUGUCCAUCUUUGGCAUCGGAGGUCUCGUGGGAUCCUCAGGAAGCAGAUACCUCACUGUCAAGUAUGGCAAAAAAAAAUGUCUCCUGUUCAACAAUCUCCUUAUGAUAACUGCAGCGUCUGUCAUGGGCUGCAGUAAAAUGGCCCGGUCCUUCGAGAUGAUCCUAAUUGGGCGCUUCCUGUGUGGCGUAAGUGCAGGCCUUUGCGUUCCUUUACAUCAUCAAUAUGUUGGGGAAAUUUCCCCUAGGAAGCUACGUGGAUUUGCAAACUCCACUGCCUCUUUCUUUUGGUCACUGGGAAAAGCCGCAGGGCAAAUUGCAGGACAAAGGGAGCUGCUGGGCAGUCAGUCCCUGUGGCCCGUGCUGAUGGCCUCCUGCGGAAUUCCUGCACUGGUCCAGCUGCUCACUCUGCCCUUCUUCCCUGAAUCCCCACCUUAUCUCCUCAUGCACAAAGGAGACCAGGAAGGAUGCAAGAAAGCCAUAAGGCAACUUUGGGGUGAAGGCCAUCACCAAGCAGAGAUUGAUGACAUCAUGAAAGAGAAGGCAACAAUGAAAAACACCAAGAUCUUGAGUGUCCUGGAGCUAAUGAAAGAACCAGCUUUCCGUUGGCAGCUGUACAUGAUAAUUGUUCUGAGUGCCACAGUUCAGCUAAGUGGCAUCAGUGCAAUUUAUUUUUAUACUUUUGAAGUCCUCCAGGCAGCUGGCUUUGAUGAAAGAAUGAUCUCCUAUAUGACCCUCUUUGUUGGACUCUCGGAACUUUUAGCUGCUGUAGUCUGUAGCUCCAUCAUUGAGCGUCUGGGUAGGAAAACGCUUGUAAGAGGAGGUUAUUGUAUCAUGGGUUCACUGCUAGCUGGUAUCACAGUGACUCUCUCACUACAGGAUUGGUAUUUCUGGAUGCCAUACUGCAGCCUUUGUCUGAUUAUCUUGUUUGUAGUUGUCUUUGGAAUUGGGCCAGCUGGUGCCACAAUUUCCAUCAGGGUUGAAAUUUUCCAGAUGUCAUGCAGACCACCCGCCUUUGUGAUCGGUGCAGUUCUCAACUGGCUGGGCAUCUUUGUGAUCGGAACAGCCUUCCCAUUCAUUGUGGAAAGACUCAAGCAAUUCUGUUUCCUCAUCUUUAUGGGGGUACUUUUCACUUCAGGGAUAAUUGUCCACCUGUUCCUUCCAGAAACAAAAGGGAAGUCAAUCGUGGAAAUCACAGAAGAAUUUAAUAAGCUAAACUUUAAGAAGAAGUGUGUUCCAGCAACUCCAAACCAUGUCAUGGAGGAUUACACCUUCUGCACCAGGCUUUGA